AAGAAGCUUGCGUCUCUUUGGAGACAGGAACUCUCGGCUCACGAAGUUGACUAGCUUGAAGGCCGCCAUGAGCUCCCGCGGAGGCAAGCUGGAAACUGGCGGGUCCAUGGAUGUUGCCGGAGUGCGGAUUAUGCCCCCCGAGCUGCGCUUCGUGGAUGCGAUGCCAGGCAGAUCUUACAGAGCGCUGCUCAGCGUCCAAAACCUGCAGAAACGCAGCUGUUCGCUUCAUUUACUACCUCCGGAACGGCCUCAGUUCAAACUAAUUAUGGAAAAUCCAAAGAAACCUGUUGCUUCUGGCCUUUACAUAACAGCUACUGUGGAAUAUCGUCCGGACAGUGAGGAAGACUUUCAUGAUAGGCUCCUCCUUCAUGUAGAGAAAAAAGUAAUUGAAAUUCCUCUGAUUGGAUUACGUCCAUGUUGUUUCUUAGAAAUUGAACCUGAGAUAAAUUUUGGAACAGUGAUUGCGAACAGUAAAAUAAUACAUGCAGUAACCAAAAUCACAAACUAUGGCUCAUCCCCAGGCAACUACAAAUUGAUAGGAUCUUUGACAGAACACUAUCACGAAAAGAUUAUGCUGUCUUUUUGAAAUUUGAAGCUGUAGGAAGCAAAGAUGAUUUUUUACACACAAUGCUUGGUGCUGAAAUACCCAUCCAAGGAUGUGAUAUUUUCAUUUAUCCCACGACAUAUAGGAUCCUUCACAGUGAGGCAGAAAGUAGAUAUUAUAGGACCAGUAGCAAAAAAAGAUGACUUUCCAGUUUUAGAGAUGAAACCAUUUCAUCAAAUACAUUUAGUUUUUUCUGGCCUCUGCAAGUCGGUAUCCACUAAUGUGCUGAAAACCAACCCUGGUUUACCCCCAUUGAUUUCCAAUGCUACUGGGAUAUUUAUAGCUAACAAGAGGGAUCAACAGAGUGAUGUUGCACGAAUAGCACUACUUAAGGCAGAUAAAACACAAUUA